AUGGCCUGGCGUAAUCAAGGUAUUACGGGCUCUAACAACAUCCCUUUGGGGCGUCGUCGCUUCGCUGGGGAGGACGAGGAGGACAGUCGGACCGCGACGCCUUCGUCCGUUCACGAUGGCCCCAAACGCGGUCGCAGCCCUGCUCGAGCAGACCCUACCAACGAUGAUUCUAAGCGCCGCAAGAAGCGCAACCGCUGGGGCGAAUCGAAUGAGAACAAAGCUGCCGGCUUGAUGAGUCUGCCCACGUCGGUCAUGGCCAGCUUCACCAGCGAGCAAAUGGAAGCCUACACUUUGCACCUGCGCAUUGAAGAGAUCAGCCAGAAGCUUCGCAUCAACGAUGUCGUCCCUGCGGAUGGUGAUAGGUCGCCUUCCCCUGCGCCCCAAUAUGACAACUUUGGUCGACGUGUGAAUACGCGCGAGUUCCGUUAUCGUAAGCGACUGGAAGAUGAGCGUCACAAGCUGGUUGAAAGGGCCAUGAAGCAUAUUCCUAACUACCACCCGCCUUCCGAAUACCGACGCCCCACCAAGACUCAGGAGAAGGUUUACGUUCCGGUGAACGACUAUCCGGAGAUUAACUUCAGACCUCGUGGUAACACUUUGAAGAAGAUGGAAACCGAGUCCGGUGCCAAAAUCGCUAUCCGUGGCAAAGGUUCCGUUAAGGAAGGCAAAGGCCGAUCUGAUGCUGCUCACUCUAGCAACCAGGAAGAAGACUUACAUUGUCUGAUCAUGGCAGACACCGAGGAGAAGGUGAACAAGGCCAAAAAGCUAGUUCACAACGUCAUCGAAACGGCUGCUUCUAUUCCGGAGGGUCAAAAUGAGCUCAAGCGAAACCAACUGCGUGAGCUCGCUGCCCUCAACGGUACCCUCCGUGAUGAUGAAAACCAAGCUUGUCAGAACUUACAGGUGGUCAAAUCGGACAUCGUAAGUACGAUUGUCCUGAGCAGCGCAACUUCACCGCGAACAUCAUUUGUCGCACUUGUGGCAAUGCUGGACACAUGGCUCGUGAUUGUCCCGACCGCCAACGUGGUAGUGACUGGCGCAACAACCCUGCUGGCGGCCGUGGUCCUCGUGCUAUCGGCACAGGGGGAUGCCGUCGACCGUGAAAUGGAGCAACUCAUGAACGAAUUGUCUGGUGGUGCGCCUGCUGAUUAUCCACCUCGUCGCAUCGAGGCCGGUCCUGAAAAUGACGGUUAUGCCGACGAUAAUGAUGCCAAGCCCUGGCAGCAGCGUGGUCCACCACCAUCCAGCGAUGUGGCUCCAUGGCAAUCACGUCGCGAGCAUCGUCCCCGAGACGACUAUGGCUCUCGUGACAAUGGCUCUGGAGCUGCCCUUGGGCCCAGCGUGGUGGACCCGACUACGGCUAUGGAGCUCAAGCCGCAUACCCGGUUCCUGGUAUGCCGGCUGCUGCUAAUCCCUGGCAACAGACUCCCCCCUCCUCCUCCCUCUAGUGGGCAGGCCGCCUAUGGUCGUACGGUGCGCCUCCUGGUGUUCCUCCUGUUGCACCCCCUGGUGCUCCCUCCUGUUACACCCCCUGGUGCUCCUCCUGGUGCUCCUCCUGGCGCUCCCCCUGGGGCUCCUGUUGACGCCCCUCCACCCCCUCCUCCUCCUACCGAUGGACCCCCACCUCCUCCUCCCAGUGAUCAGCCACCCCCCCUCCCCCCCGCCUGC